CGCCAAUCGACAAACGGAAGCGGUGAAGAAGCCGGAAGGAAAAUGCCGCUGCCCGCCCGCUGACGCUGUGCUUCCUCGUCGCGGAAAUUCCAACUGCAGAUAAACGGUUUCGUUUCUUACCAAAAAAGUCUCCUCCCCUUCCCUUCUUCCUCUUGGCGGCAGGCGGCAGCACACGCAUCCGCGUGAGAGCCCCCUUUCCAAUCUACCUCACCAACGCGUAUAGAGGAACACAUAUAGCUACUCCUGCCGCCUCCCGACGAGCAGAUUCGAUUCGAAUUUUUUUUUUCCUUUCGAAUCUAGCCGGAACGAGGAGUGGGUGGUGCCGCGCGCAGCGGGGACGUAGGAUUCGGCGGAGAUGCACAAGAGCAAGGGGAAGCUGUCGGGCGUCCUGCACAAGGGCUUCAAGCCCGACAAGUGCAAGAUUUCGCUGAAGAUGGCCAUGGCGCGGAUCAAGUUGCUGCGGAACAAGAAGGAGGUGCAGGUGCGCCAGAUGCGCCGCGAGGUCGCGCAGCUACUCGACGGCAAUCAGGACCAGACCGCGCGCAUCAGGGUUGAACAUGUCAUAAGGGAAGAGAAGUUCAUGCAAGCAUAUGACUUAAUUGAAGUAUACUGCGAACUAAUAGUGGCACGCAUGUCCAUUAUUGACUCACAGAAGACUUGCCCUAUUGAUCUGAAGGAGGCAAUAGCCAGUGUUAUAUUUGCAUCAGUGAGAUGUUCAGAUGUCACAGAACUAGCAGAUGUUAAGAAGAAUUUCACAAGCAAGUAUGGAAAAGAGUUCGCCGCAGCGGCUCUUGAAGUGCGACCUGACAGUGGCGUUAACCGUCUGGUAAUUGAGAAGCUGUCAGCAGGAGCACCUGAUAUACAGACUAAAACCAAAACCUUGAGCUCAAUUGCGGCGGAGCACAACAUAAAAUGGGAGCCAAAAGCAUUUGAGGAGAAAUCGCAGAGGCAAAAUGAAGAUCUGAUGUAUGGAUCAACAUAUUCUGGAGGAAACAGUUCAAUGUCAGGACCAUCUGCUUCUAGUAUGCCAACUCCACAACCUGUAGCACAUCCUUAUUCAUCCGUUCAAUCAGACACUUCUCGUAUGCCUACAGGAGCUACUUAUCCAUCUCCUGAAGUUCCAGCAAAUCCUAAUCCAUAUGGCACUGCCAAUUUUAACGCUUCCGCACAAGAAAAUAUAAGGGAUCCUGAUGUUUCAGUUUCUCCUAGCUCCCAACAUGUCACAAGUGCAACUACCUAUUCCUCAGCAGAGAUUCCUGGUUCUAACAAUUUCUCGCAUGGAAAUACUGGAAAUGCAAGUGUUUCGAGACCUUACUCCCAAUAUGGCACAGCAGUUGCAGACCCAAGAUCCAGGACUGAAGAGAUCAAUCAGCCUAGGGAAAGGAAGUCUUCAGUUAGUGGUUCCAAUUGGAAUGUGGAAUUCAAGGAUGCAACAUCUGCAGCACAGGCAGCAGCAGAGUCUGCAGAGAUGGCAAGCAUUGCUGCUAGAGCUGCUGCCCAACUUGCUAGCCGUGGAAACUUCUCUGUGGAGCAAAAUACUUAUGAAUCAUCUGCAUAUAUGCAUGACACCGCACCCAGGAAGCAACAAGCUGAUCGUUUGAUGAAGAAUGAUAACAGGCGUUUUAAUGAGCAGAGUUCAGGUAGUAAUGAUCCAAGGAUUAUCUCAAGCAAUGCAAGAAAAGAUGAGGAAAGAGCAGAAACAAACCGUGUGAGUAGUCAGAAUACAUCAACUCCUUACUCCUCACCUGAGUUUCACUCUUAUGCUCCUGAAAGUCGUACUGAUAUGUAUGGCAUGCCAACUGAACCAUCUCGUGAUCAUUCAUUCAAGCCUCCAUAUUUUGAUGAUUCAUCUGAGAAAGAAAGCAAUAUUGGAAGACAGGAAAAUCAUCCGUUUGAUUUGCAUGUGAAGAGUUUCCCAGAUGCUGAAUUUGAUGGGCAUCGUACCAAGGAUAUGGAAAGCAGGCAAGCUAGCUUUGAUCAAGAGAACAUAAAUAACUACCACAGUAACUUUAGUGCUUCCCAUGUUGACAGCAGUACUGUUUGGGACAACCAGAAUGAGAAAUCUGGUGCUGAUUCCUCAGCUGUUGUUUUUGAUCAAUAUGAUUAUGAUGUUGAAGAAGAGAAUUUAUUGGAUCCUUUCUCUUCAAAACAUACUGAAGAGCUACCAACUGUCCAAGAUCACAAGGACUUCUCAAGUGCAGAUUGGAGUCAACAGACUAGAAGUGAAUCCCCAGUUGAUCAUAGCACUUCAAGGCUAUUUUCAAGAACAGAAACACAACCAUCUUAUGACUUGGGAGCAAACAAAGAGGAUAUUCCCUUGCCUCCUUCUUAUGAUAACAUACCACCUAGUUUUGAUUCUGAUGGUGUUUGUUCUGAUGAGGAAAUUACCGGAGGCAUGCAUGUAGAUUCCUUAAGGUCUCAUUCAAGAGGAUCUGAUUAUUCUGAGAACAAUAUGUUCAAUAGAAGUUCUGGAAAGCUUGUCCCUGAUGUUAAUGAUAUUGAAGAUUACGAAUCUAGGUCCAGGAAGCAGUACCAAAAUCCACCAGGUUCUAAUGUAUUCCAUAAGGAGCAACAGAGUGACGGUUCGCCUAGAUCUGACUAUUUAGGAGCACAGGGGAACUUGGGUUUUGUACCAAGAAAAGAUUAUGAUCUUUCCGAUGAAGAAGCAGAACCACAUAAAUUGAAGGGUACUUCCUCAGAGAUAACAGGAGCAAAUGAGAAUCAGCCCUUGUCUCUCCGCGUGCAAUCUUCGGCAACAUCUGAGGGCAGCGAUGAAGGUGAUCUUGGCCUGAAUUAUGGAAGGUUAACUCCUGGACUUAGAAACAAACUCAGGCAACCUCCACAAUAUAAGAAUUCCGGGGUAAACACACUGCCAAAACAAUCUUCUUUACAAAAGGCUCCUGCCAGCAUUGAAGAAUCUGUGCAUUCCAAAGAGAAAGGUGCUUCAUCUGAACAGACUAGUGAUACUCCUAAAAGUUCACGCACAACCAAGAGUUCUUUUGGUGCAAAUUACAGCGGUGAACAUUACAACAGGAAACAUACUGUUGUGAAACCUGAGGAGUCAACAUCACCCGUGACAAGGAAUAACUUCUAUUCACGUGAUACAGGGAAGCUAUCUGACCGAUCUGGUACUACUUCAAAUCCUAGCACAACCAAGAGUUCUAUUAGGGAAAAUUCCAGUCAAGAGCUGCAUCAUGAAAGACCAAGUAUUGGAGCGCGCACGGAGAGUGGGUCAAGAAAUGGCACUUACUUUGAUUCAGAUGACAGUGAGGAAGAAUUAGAGCGACGACAGGCUGGUCAGACAAAGUUACCUAGAGAGCAGAUACAAUCACGCAGGACGCGGGAGGUAACUUCAGAUACAAAGAGAGAUGGACGAGUCCGAACUGGAGUACAAUAUGCCAAUGAGACUGUAAGCACCCCAAAUGAGACAAAAAACCCUAUUGAAGCAUUCUCCAACUCGAGUACUGAACAAAGGAGAAAGGCACCUGCAUACUCCAGGGUCUCAGUACAACAAUCUUCGCCAAAGCCUGUGCGUGUUGAACUUCCCAUGGCUAGAGGCAAGUGGCAAGAAGAUGAACCGAGUGGAAGUUCUUCUCCAGAAAAUGUGAAAAACACAGAAACCUCAAGAGGGACCCUGAAAGGAAGCACCCCAACAUCUGCUCCUGCGCAUGUUCACCCCAAGCUUCCAACAGACUAUGAUUCCUUCGCUGCACAUUUCAUGUCACUUCGCACCAACAGACGUUAGAUUUACAUAUUUAUACACACACAACUUGGAGUUUCGGAGGAACAAGUUGUGUAUACACGACUACAUGAUACCGUUCUAGAACUUGAAUUGAGAUAUGUACAGUAUAUAAACAAUGAAUGUUUGGAGAAUCUCGGUUCGCCAUGGCAAUUUUUUGCUGGGACUAUUAUUUCAUUCUCUUGUGAACUCGGGUAUCAAAAUCAUUUUUAGCGAAGACAUUCAGGACCUUUCGUAGGUCAUUUUGUUUAGUGUUGUAAUAAGCACAUUAUGCACGGAGAUGUACAGAGCUUCCGGGCGUCGUUCCAUUUGUUUGUUUGUUUGUUUCA